AGGAAGUGAGGCCACUACCAAGGCGCAUGCGCAACGGCGCAACGAUUUAGGAAUUCAGGAAUGAAGGAUUUCGGCGCGCUGCGUUUUUGUUAUCGGUAGCACGGUUGGAGGUGGAAGAUUGAUAUGAAUCAUGGAUGACACAGAAGAUGAUUAUAUGUCUGAUUCCUUCAUUAAUAUUAACCAGGACAUCAGGCCAGGAAUGCCGAUUUUGAGACGUGUAAAGGAAACUUUUAAAAAAGAGGAAAAAGCAAAAGAAGCUAACCAGAAAAGUAGGCAAAAGAGCAUCAAAGAACAAGAAAAAGAGCAACGUGAAAUGGUUUUAAAUGUUGCUUUGGGGAAUGAAAAUAAAGGCUUUGCUAUGCUCCAGAAGAUGGGGUACAAAAGUGGCCAGCCUCUUGGCAAAAGUGGAAAGGGGAUAGUUGAGCCCAUUCCUCUGAAUAUUACCACAGGAAGAAGUGGGCUUGGCCAUGAAGAAUUACAAAAACGAAAAGCUGAAGAAAAGCUGGAAAACUACAGGAAAAAAAUGCAUGUGAAAAAACAAGUGGAAAAGCAGACAACUGACCUCUUCAAAAUGAGAUUGAAGACCAAGCAGGAGCAACUGCAAGUAAAACGGGACCUCGAGAAAAGUCAGAAAGCCUGCCAACAAUUAGAUACCCAGAAAGGCCUUGAAGUCCCCAAAGAGGUUUGGUACUGGUUAAAUUUAAAGACUGAAGAAGACAAAGAUGAAGAAGAGGAGGAGGAGGAGGAGGAGGAGGAAGAUGGACUCAAUGUAAGUACAUGUUCAGAUAUUGCUUUAGCAAUUGUUUUGGGUGGACUGGCUGGUAAUUUUUUAUAUUAUGAUGCUCCAUAGUGAUCCCAAACUAGGUGAAACAUAAAUUUAAAUAUUUACUGCCGGUAAAUAUAAAUAUUGAACAAAAUGAAUGCAUUUUCAUCACUCUUGAUCGAUUUUGGUUUAGCUUGAGUGCAUCCAUGUAUGCACAAUAUACAUUGAUUGAUCUAUGAUGUGCCAUGAAGCACGUUUCUGCUCUUAGAGACCAUAUAGAUAUAUUUUCUAUAAUGGUCUGACCCUGGAGUCAACCUGAAGUUCUCCAGCUAGACAAACAUUGGGGAUGUGAGUUCUGAAGAGUCUCACGUGAACCCUGUCUGACAAACUGUCUCUGAGAUCUGUUUUUGGAUCAGAAUCCCCCUGUGGGGGAGUAUAAAGAAGGGGCAGUGUCUCAUCAGACCCAGAGGAAGUGCAAGAGGCCCCUUGUAGGUCAGAGAUUUGUCCUCUGAAUCAGAGCUGGUGUGUCAGCAGGCCAAAGCAGCUAAACAGGAGCGUGUAGAGACAAGAUGAAAGCCUGUUAAGAUCUAUUAACCCACAGUUAUAAAUCAGAAUUUGGAAAAGGCAAAGAACCUUGAUAGCAUAAAUAAUAUUGAUGGACAG